GCUAUCGGAGUUGGACGUGCAUUCAUCGUCGUCGUUGAUGUAAAGAGCUCGCGUUGUCGGAUCGCGUGUGUUCGUUGUUCUCGUAGUUCUACUUCUAUUUAUCGGUACUAUCAGAUGGAUACUGUUGUUGAACGUUAGAUUUGAGGGAUACCGCACCAGGAGUUUUGUUUUGUUUUAUUUUGGAAAAUUGGAAGAUCUUUGCUAAUGAAUUUUAACGGAUAGUGUGCUGCCGUAGACGAAUUGCAAGUUUGAGGUGAAACUAAAUUUAAAGGUUUUUCGCAGAAGAGUAUAUGAAUUUGGAAAAGGCAAACGCUAAGGUGUCGAGUGAUAUGUGCUAAUCCUGGUCGACUCUGGAAACAAGGAAGGAAGGAAGAAAGGAAGAAACUUCAAAGAAGAAUAUAAAAUCGUUCGUUCUGAAACAGUCGUGAAGAGGUGUACUUUAGUGGUUCCGAGUUCGGCCGGAGGCAAACGAGAACGAAGAGAUUUUUUGUUUCGAAGCUUUGAACUUGUGCCCAAGAAGCAGGAAGAAGGUGCAAAGGCGAAAACAUACGGAAUUUGUACUUGGCCACGAGCUGUAUAUGUGUAUUAUUUAGUGGAGGUGCCUGAGUGGAACGAAUGUGGCGAGGUUGCUGCAGAUCUUGGUGAAGAGAAGAAAGACACCGUUACCGAUCGUAAGACCCAAGUCUCAUACCAAGAAGCGUUGGCGUGAUAGCAGUUGGAGCGGGCAGCCCAGUAAAUUGUAUUCAAUUUGAGGAUUCGUGCCGCUAGUAAAAGGUUAUCGUAGGUCCAAAAUUGGCACUGUUGAAUGUUGAUUCUAUUUCUCAAGUUGACAUUAAAAACGACGAAGAAAACUAGUGAGUUAUCUAAUCAUCUGGUGGAAGUUAUAGCCUUGUGUGGAUCCGACCGACUCUUGAAGCUCUAUUACGAUCGUUUUCAAUUAUUCAAUUAACCGUGCCUAAGCAGCCGCUAAAAGUUUUUUUUUUGUCUGGUCACAAUCGACUGAACCCGUCCCCGCAGAGAAGGAGUUGUUGGAAGGAAGAAAAGUGCUUUUGAAUUUCGGCGUGUGUCGUGGUUUGUGAUGUGUAGCAAAGCGAGAAAAAUAGGAGUUUCACUUUGAUUAUUUUGAAUUUAUUGAAUUAUACAUAGCCGCGCAUAUUUUCCACCCCAAGCUCCAAGCUUUACUAGUGGUCACCGUGUAAGUCGCGCGAAAAUAAGAGUGGAGAAAAAGGCAAAAUCGACUCUGCUGUUGUUUGUGCCCAAUUUAUUAAACUAAGGCUUAUUUUGGACUAUCAUACUCUGCAGCACGGCACCACCAUACCGGGGGUGUUGGAUAACGUGUGCGCACUCGUUCAGCUCUCUGAGGUGCUUGUCAACACGGCCAAUUCGAGCCACAACAUCAGCAGCACCACCAUCAGCAGCAGCAUAGUGAUCGUGGAACAACAUUAUUAUAAUAAAUAAACGAGCAUUACCGAUCAAAGGGAUUCUAAUAAAGAAAUGAUUUGCUGAGUCCGGAUCGUGCUGCCGAAUGUGAAGGAAACCACCAUCAUAGCCCGAGAUAAAAUGUCUCAAUCGUGACUGACAAGUUUCAACCACAAAUAAGAUCCCACCAUGGCCGAUGCACUGAAGCUGGCCGAUAUGCAACGGGCCAGUGUCGAGUUCGAACGGCAGCGACAUUUAGCCAACUGGCUAAUCGAGUCCAGUCCGCACAUGCCGAAACCCACACCUCAGCAGCAAAAGCAACUGCAGCAGCAAGUCAGCAAGAAGGGCAAGUUCAAGCAGAAUCCAAUGUUCUUCCUGGCAAAGAUCGGUCAUAACAUGAACAUUGCCAGCAGCAACAAUCCACCCCUCGGUAACAAUUUGAUCAGUAGCAAUUCGAUAGCGUCUACGUUCAAUUCGCAAACCAACCUGCCACUAGCGAUAGUAUCGUCUUCCGGCCGAGACGGCCACAAGCCCAAGCUGAGGCGAUUCAAUUCGCACGACACCAGCGCCAAUAUGUUCUCGGUGGCAGAAUUCGAAAACGCUCGCCUCGCGCGAAGAAACGAAAUCGAGAGCGCCGCUCUCCUGAGGCAACGACAACGAUACAAGCUGAACUCCCUUUCGUCCGGUGGAGACUGCUCCACGGGAGAAAGCAAAGGAUCCAAGCUCAGCAGCGAAUCGACCUCAGAACCACUGUUUGCCGAACAAUUUGUGGAGAAAUUUUCCCUCCCCCGUGUAGUACGGCUGUCGUACACCUCGGACGGAGCCAGCGGAAGUAGCUCCGGUGAUCAGACCAUGACCUCGUCCAGCUCAGCCGAGUCGACGAGCACCUCGGAGAGGAAGAAAAAGAAGAAAACUGCCAUUUCCAGUCCGUCAAAUGGGGAACUCUUUCUGCUGUAUCGGUUUAUGCGCAGCUACAAGAUCUACCACGUGUUCAACACGAAGUCGGGCAAUAAUCGCAAGAAAGGAUACAAGGUACCGCAGGAUUAUCCCGGCUACUUCUCAUUCCUCAAUGAGAAAGGUACUCAAACGGCUACCGUUUAUACCACCAUCGUCCAACUAGUUCGAGAACGGGUGUACAAGUUCCUUUCUCUGGAAAACCUCUCUGCCUACACAGAAUCGCAUGACAACUUCAACCAUAAAACCCACUACGUUAAGGCGACCGCCAAAGCUGGUCAGGUGUACCGUUUGCUAGCCGUAUUCCAAGACGGAGACCACAAGUCAGCCUCUAGUCAGAAGGAUUCCGCUUCCGUUAGUGGGAGCGUAGGCGGUGCGGAGAAGGAACGUGGCAAAUAUGCCCAACUGCUAGGGGAUAAUAGACAGAUUUACUACGUCUCAUUGUCAGCCAAAGGUAAAUUCUACGAGAUUGAACAACAUACGGCACCGGUUCUGCAGAAGAGCAGCAGUCUUGGGCAUCCCAACAGCAGCAACAAGACACCGAAACAACUGAAUCGAGAAUGUGUCCACCGAAUCGGAUUCAUAAUGCAGUCGGAAGUCAGUCUGCCAUUGAAUCUGAAAUUGAUAGCCAGUAUGAGUACCGGCGGAAAUAGCACCCAGAAUAAUGUGCCCGAGUACAUCACCAUCGCCAAGAUCAGCAAUGAGAACUUCAUUGUGGCCUGUCCCCUGGAUGAGCAAGACCUAACAUCGUCACUCACCCUGACCAAACUGCACAUAACACCUCAGAUGAAGUUGACCAAGUGUUCACUGGGAUUCGACAACGAGCAACGGAUGUUCCUCAACGGAAACGUCCAAACGGUUCUUAAAUUCUGCCAAUUCAACUGUGACAACUUCACCCGGGUAGUCGACAACGACACUAACUGGGUCGAACUGCAGCAAAUGAUCAACGCUAUCCAACAGCAGCAGUCGUCCAAUAGCUUGAACCAUCUAACCGCACCUGCCGGCAAUAGCAACAACAGUAGCGGUUCUGGACCAAAGAGCGAGGUCCUCAAAAGGCUCAAACUAACCCGACUGUUUGGCAGUACCGAUCGGAAUCAAAAUUCCUCUUCCGGUCACGAGAAAGAGGACUCGAUCAUAUUUUUCAGUAAAAAUGAUCUGGAGAACCUCGAAUGUGGUCAGCAACAGCAACAACAGCAGCAGCAGCAACACCAACAGCUGCAACAUUUGCAACAGCACGAACAAGACCAACAGCCGAUGUCCUUGGCGUCGGGGAUGAGUGACAAAAUGAAGGUUUUUACACCAAGUAAGAAAAAAUGGUUCAAAGGCCUACGAUCGAAUGGAAGUCACGUGCAGGAGACCGUCGUUGACGAACCGGAGAAGAAGCAAUCCAGUAUAGAUCGCUACCAGGACAUGUCGCGAUUGAUACAGGAAAGGUUCGGUGAAAUCGACAUCAACGGAAGCACUGCAAGCAAAGCGAACUCAGAUAUUGGAUACGAUGAUGUGAUAAGGGGGAAUCCAGGUGACACAGCCAAUGAAAGUGGUCUGCAAAAAUGUCUCUCACUGCAGCAUAUUGAUUUGAAGGGAGGAAGUAGUAUGGAUAUUAGAAAUAAGGAAAGACCAGAUCUGGUCAACAACCUCAAUAUGAUCGAGAAGGAUCACUCCGAAGAAGUGCUUUCGGAUUCUGAAGAUACCUUGUUCUUCCCGAUCAGAAGUAGCUCCCAACAGCAAUCGUUCAUGACGGAAAAGCUCUACAGUGAGUUCCACGUUAAGACCAAACAACACAGCAAAUCUCAGUCCAGUAUACAACAUUUGCUCUACCUGGCUAGUCCUCAGCGAUUGAAUGAUAGUAAAAAUAAAUCCAAGCUAAACGACAAAAAGCGAUCCGAAAUCAUACUGUCCUUCGAAGAUCUACAGAGUCUCAAUAAAGAAGAAGAGCUAGCCGAAAGCUCAUACCGAACCCAGUGGAGCAUCCUAGACGACCUCCCGUAUAGUAACGUUCGGGAUUCGAUUGUUAUACAAGAGCCCGAGCCUCGAACGCCAUCGGAAGGUAUCUACGCCGAGAUAUGCUCCGACAGUCCAGUGGCGUCCCCACAAAUUUCGCCACAGAAACAGCCAGUCUUUCCAGCUCCAGCUCCACCAAGACCGGAGAAGCGAUUCACCAGCAUUCGCAUCAACGUUCCCUCCAGCGAUACGUGCCACAUGGUUAGCCACAACCCAGCUGGCAGUCGCUGCGCUUCCGGUGUUGCUAGUCCCGUAGAAGACAACAUCUACAAUACCAUUAAAUAGCGAGCAGAGCAAUACGUAAUGAAAUUUUCACCAUAUGUAUAUUAAUCACAAACUAUAAUGUCUUGAUAGAAUCGCUCAAAAUACGUGCCUUCAAACCUUCCUCUGAGCUCCAGUUCUACUAAAUACAGAAAUCAAAAUCAAUAAUCAUGCUUAUAAAGCUCACGAAAUUGCAUACCCACUUAAAAGAUAGAAUCUUUCAUUUUUUUUUUUACUAGAUUUUAGCAACAUGAGACAGGGAAAGCAGAGAGGAAGAAAACAACGGCGACCAAAGUAUUACCGGAACAUGUGAUAAAAAAAACGCAUAAAAGCAAUGACUAAACUAAUUUAGAUUAAAACGUGAAUUGAGCUGUAACGAAAAAUAUACCGUUUAUUACCGAUAUGGUUAGCAAGACUAUAAAUUUUAAACUAAACUCAGAAUCCCCUUUAUUGUUGUUAUCGACCAGAUGCAGCCCUUUCUUUUAGUUUACAAAGUCAAUCCAAGUCGCUCAUUUAGGCAAUUGAAUUCGAAGAAAUAUUCCCUAUACAUAUAUAUGAUAAUUUAAGUUACAUCCCCGAACAAUGUGGAUUACUACCAUCGUUGGACGUGCAUCAUAUGAAUAGUAUUUAAAUUAAAUAAAUAAAAAAAAAAACGAUGAAAAAAAUAA